AUGAACUCCAAAACUAUCAUCAUCCCAAUACUUGUUCUCCUCUACAACUCUAUUCUAGUAACAUCAUGUCCAAUUGGAUGCUCCUGCAAUGGCACCUCCGUCACCUGUACCUCGCUAACCAACUUGGAACUCGAUUUGCUUGUGACCACUCUAAAAGAAACACCUUACAAUGAGACAACAGAACUCUACCUGGAUUCUGUUGAGAAUUUGUCAAUGAGCUUGAUACCGGACAUGCUUGUAUUACGUGUUUUGAAAAUAAAUUCUUUUCCUUCUUCUGGCGACAAUGAUUGGUUCCUCAGAAGACAUCAGUUCCCCGAACUUCAAACUUUACACUUCAUAAAUUGCGGUCUGAAGAUUUUCCCAAAAGCGUUGAUGUCAUUAACAUCUUUAUUGGAACUGGAUUUAAGUGGCAACUUGCUAGAGAAUCUUGGUGCCGAUUCCAUUCAUAUCAGAAGUAUACAAAGAGUGAUAAUCAGGAACAACAAGAUAAAAAGCAUUGGUGUCCAUGUUUUCCGUUACAUGCCAACAUUGAAGCUAUUGGAUCUGAGUGGUAACCAGAUGACACGAUUAGUGACAAGUGACUUUACCUCUGCUGUCUCACUCCGAGAACUCAUACUGCGUGGGAACAAAAUUGAGCUCAUCGAAACUGACACAACGGACCCGCUACAACAACUUGAGACGAUGGAUCUCAGCCAAAACUUGCUUCGUGAAGUUCGUCUAGAAGCUCAACAGAAUUUUCGCCACUUGUUUUCAUUGAACCUAAGUUCCAAUCCGCUCCAUGUUAUCAGAGAAGGGUUUUUACAACUCCCAGAUCUACAAAUUCUCCAGCUGCACAAUUGUGAUGUAGUUGUGGUGGAAGCAGGAGCGUUUGUCAGUUUACCAAGAUUGCACUCAAUGGACAUAAAAAAUAAUCCAAAUCUUGCCUACUUUUCACCACUAGCAUUUGGAAAUAAUACUGCCUUUUAUAGAUUAAACAUUCAAAACUCUGGAUUUAAACGAAUACCACUGACUAUUCUUGAAAAAGUCAGUCAGUUAUACAUCAAGGACACAAAAUUGGAUUGCUCCUGCACUUCUCGAGAUAUGCAUGACUAUGGCGCAGUGACCAUUGUUGACUGGAACGAUGCAACCUGUAGAACUAAAAUGGGUGCUGUUCAAAAGUUAUCACAUCUUGAGAAGUCAGAGGAGCCAUGUCGAAAUAAUCUUCUAACACCAUUCGGAGUGAAACAAUCUGCAAUUGUUGGCCAAGCCUACAGAAUAUACUGUGCUAGCGAUGGAACGAAUUCCAAGUUGUUUUGGAUUUCUCCCAACAAAAACACAACGGAAGCAGCGCCGCCAGAACUCAAAAAGUCGUCUGAAAAGAAAACUGAUUACUUCACAACCACUCUUUUGGACCCUUCUUUCUCCAAAAAUCAUGAGGAGAGAAUUCAUAUUUCUUCAGAAUACUAUGGGUUCGAUGUAGUUCUGGAAUCAGAUGCGGGAUACUAUGAUUGCGUUUCUAAGAGUGAUAUGAAGACGAUAACCAGAAAAAUUGAACUGCAAGUUCUGAAACCUGAAGUAAACCUGAAUGCAUCUCAUGUUGCAACAACUUCUGUACACUUGAGUUGGAACAGAAAUUUAAAAAUUGAAGCAGUCGACCGAGUCGCUCUCCGAAUAACUGCAUCUAGUGAGAAAAUGUUCAAACGACAGGUCCAAUUGUCUUUGUACAACAUGUUCCGAAGUUACAACCUUGUAAAUUUAUCAGCCGAUAAGGAAUAUGACAUUUGUUUGGAGUGGUAUCUUACUGACAGUGAGACGAUGAUAUACAAGUCUUGUAUAACACAAAAAACCAAACCAUUCAAAACGGUGAUGCAAAGUGUCAACGCAAAAGUUGCAAUUGGCGUGAUAGUCGUACUCAUCAUAGUGGUUGUCUUUUGUUGCGACACAUGCAUUCACCAGAAAGUUGCAUAUUUUUCUCGAAUUAAAAAACAAGCGAAAAUGCAACAAUCCGUGUCAGGACAAUCAAUUCUUACACAAUCAUCUUCUGCGGAUGCAACGACAUAUGAGAAUUUUCAAUUGAGUUUUGCUGGUUCUGCUGGAACAACCGUCGACGAAGAGUACAAAAAAGAUGACGAAGAUUACAACGAGGACGACGUAAUGGGCGAAGUGGUCGACGACGAGCCAUGCUCAUUCAACGACGAAUGUGUAGUAUUCGCUGACACUCUAUGCAUCAAUGGUCUAUGUAGGAAGGACACCAGAGACGAAGAAGAAUACCUGACAGGAUAA